AUGCCAGGAGAUCUUUCUGGACAAGGGCAUCUGGCUACUGCUCUUAUCAUUGCCAUGUCCACUAUUUUCAUAAUGGCUAUUGCUAUUGUGCUGAUCAUCAUGUUUUACAUUAUGAAAACUAAAACUUCAGCUCAAGCAUGCUGCACCAGCCAGUCAGUGAAGACAGUAGAAGCCCAGGCUGACAUACAGGAAGAAAAAACAGAAGCCCAAGAAAAUGGAAAAAUUUUCUCUGAAAAAGAUGAAUUUGGAAAAUUGACAGCAACUCCAGCUAAGGUUGUCAAGAGCGAAAAUGAUGCUUCUUCAGAGAAUGAGAGGCUUUUAAGUCGCAGCAUGGACAGCGAUGAAGAAGCUGCAAUUGACAAGCAAGGGUCUCCGGAAUUGUGUUUGUUGUCUCUGGUACAUUUGGCUCGAGAUAAAUCUUCAACAAACAACAAAUCAACCGGAAGGUUGGCAGAAGGUUAUGUUGGCCUCAGUCCUACAGAACUGCCCUUUGAUUGCCUGGAAAAGACCAGCAGGAUGCUCAGCUCCACUUACAACACUGAGAAAGCCAUUGUGAAGACCUGGCGCCAUCUUGCUGAGAGCUUUGGAUUGAAACGGGAUGAAAUUGGUGGCAUGACAGAUGGCAUGCAAGUCUUUGACCGCAUCAGCACAGCUGGCUAUAGUAUCCCAGAACUGCUGACAAAACUGGUUCAGAUUGAGCGAUUGGAUGCCGUUGAGUCUCUCUGUGUAGACAUCUUAGAAUGGGCCCAAGUGAUGCCAAAGCCUGAUCCAGCUGUGACUUCCUGACAUGCAUUUUUGUGAUAUUCAUCUCCAGAGGAUGAUGGGGUGAUUGAAAUAACAAAGGGAUUGAGAAGGAGAUAAACUUUUGAAGCUUCUGUAGCUUUUGUUUCAGUAUCGUUUUUGCUAUUGAAACAAUUUAAUUGUUUGGGGUUUUUGGAAUCAAAUACAAAGUGCUCAAACUGAAGACUUUUUCAACAAGACUUGUUUAUGUCCCAAAAAAAUAUUACAGUUCAUUUACAGUUCCAUUUACAAGCAUGAGUACAGAUCAAUCUAGUAUCGUUACUUGUUUUGAAGAAAUAUGGGUUAAUUUUGUUUCGGUCCUGGAUAAUGAAUAUGUCACAUCAAAAAUAGUGAUCUAUGUGAAAAUCUGUGCUGCUACAAGAAGUAUUUUUUGAAUUAUAAUUUUUCUCCCAUAUAUUAUGGAUUUGGGGAGGAAAAAAUCCAUGCCUGUAGGUGAAGUUGGCUGAAUUAUCAUUAUUAUAAAAUCUAUAGCUUUAUUCCAAUUUACUCAAAUUGUAGCAAGUAAGAGUUUGUACAUGUGGUCCACACAGAAAUUUCAGCAAUAUUUUCAUAGAUACUAGUGAAAACUUAAACUACUUAUAAUAUAAGCAGAAUUUAUUUAUUAAUGUAUUAUUGCAUUUCAUAAACAUCUGAUCGGGGCCAUCUUUUAUGUACUAGAACAAACAAAUGGGAACAUUUGUUAGUUCUUGAAAAGAGAUCAUUAACAACAAGAAGAAGCCUCUAAUAAAUCUACCAAAUUGAUCAACUUUAGAUGCAAAGGAAAUUAAUGACCGUUGAAACACUUUUAU